AUGACAUCAACAUCGCCUGCUCUUUGGUCGACAAUUCCAACACAGGUUGAUGUUGGAAGCACGAAGGAUGCCAUUUUACCGGACUCGAUUUAUGGUAAGUUCAGGCCAGAACUUGAGAAUAGGAUUCUUAGAACUUAAAUUGCAAGCCUAGGAAACUAAAAGGUGAGCCUAAGCCUAAAUUAAGCCUAACAUAAGGCUAACCUAAACUUAGGCUAAGCCUAGCCUAAGCCUAACCUAUCUCCCAAGCCUAACCCAAAGUGCACCACUAAAACUUGCGCAAAAAACCCCAACCCAAAUGACCCCUGCACCCUCUCACUUCUCCACACUAUUUUUCUGACCUGUCCUCCUGGCUGCUCACUUUUUCUGUUGCUCCACCGAAAUGGGCGGAGCCAAAUGGGCGGAGCCUUGUGGUGCUAAUGGUGAUGUAUUCUUCUUAAUUGUAUGGUUGUCGGAUGGCGUUGGUGUAUUUUGUUGUUUUUUUUUGGGUGAUUUAUGGGUGGCGGGGAUUAUGCUUUGAGAGGUUAGACGUUUUUUUUUGAGUUGAGUUGAGUUUAUAAGUGUGCUCCGCUUUUGAUCUUACCGCUUUUUUGUUUUUGAAUUGCUGAGAUUUUGACACCAAAAAUUUAGAUUUUUGAAUUUUUUGAAACGUAUAUUUUUAGGGUUAGGCUUAGAUCAGGCUUGUGCGGAAACGGAAAACGCGUUUUCCGAUUUUCCGACUUUUUGGGAAAAUUUCGGAAAAAAUACGAGUCGGAAAAUUUUCCGGCCUAAAAAUUCGGAAAACUUUUGGUCGGAAAAUUUUUCCGACGAAUAUUUUCGGAAAAAAUUAUUUUCCGAAAAUUUUCCGAGACUAAUAAUUUUCCGAAAAAGUGAAAAAAUAGGUGAUUUUCAGGAAUUUUUGCUAAUUUUAUCAAAAAAUAAUUUUGGUAAUUGUGAAAAAUAUACGAAUUUGUUAGUAAUAUUUAACUAAAGUGACAAAAUAUUGUGAAAACUGCCGAAUUUGUUGAAACUACUUCAAAACAACUCAAAAACCAACAAAUAAGCCUAUUAUUUCUUCAUUGAAAUUUUUUCCGAAAUUUUCCGAUUUUCCGGAAAAUUGAGUCGGAAAAAACAGUCGGAAAACUUUUUUCCGAAAAUAAAAAGUCGGAAAAUAACUUCGGAAAACUUUUUCCGACCGGAUGGUUUCGGAAAAACACGGUUUUCCGAAAUUUUCCGAAAACCUAUUUUCCGCACAAGCCUGGCUUAGAUCUAGGCUUCUGAAAAAUCAAUAUUCCUUCCCGGCUCCCCAAACGCAAGCUACAUACACAAUAUUACAUACAUGGGUGCUAAAAACUUGUGAACAUCAAAUAUUUACUCCUCCCACUUUCUCCUCGCCCAAAACAAACAUUUCUAUUGUUCUUUCUCUCAGGUACAACAUCAACCUCUUCAACUUCCUCCACAACUACCGUAACCUAUCCCAACUACAGUACCCCAACAAACUACAGUACUACCACCGGCUAUCAAAUGUAUACAACGGGUGCGACACCAGCGAGUUAUUAUCAACAAGUCGCAUCGAAUUUGCGAGCUCAGACAACAUUUCCAUACAAUUUGACGACGCCGAGUUAUUAUGCGGCAGCUAGCGGAACAUAUCCGGUUGACUAUUCCGCAGCUUAUAAUCCUCAACAAUAUUAUCAGCGAUACUACAAUCCACUUGCGACUUAUUCGCUAGGCGACAUUGCUGCCGCGUCUUCAGCGACUGGCGGAAAUGCGGAUGUUUCGGCAGCGGCCGGAUUUCCGCUGAACAUGAAGGAGAUCAAGAAAUCGGCCAAGAAUUCGUCGAAAAAUGCGGGAAGUUCGGGGAAGAAGAAAAAUGGCUCGUGUUCACCGGGAGACGAAGUUUAUGCAAGAGUUUUUAUUUGGGAUAUUGAUGAUAUUACGAUGCUUUCCAGAAAUAUUAUUGCUCAGGUUACACAACAGGUAAGAUAGAGAGAUUGGAACCCUACAGUACUAUGUUCCUUUAAGCUUUCCUACUGUACACAAUGUCCCUUUAAAUCUUAGGGUUUCCAACUAGAACUAUGAUUACUGUAGCAAUAGAUCCUCCAGAUUCAAAUUCUAAAUUCUACAUCCCAAAAUCUCUCUUGCAGUUCCCCCACUUGGCAUCCGCUGGUAUUUCCCUCUAUCAACUCAUCGAACGUGUUGUCGCCGUCAAUUUUUCGGAUCCCAACGAACUUCAAGAAGGCGAUGUGAUCAAUAUCGAAGAUGCCGUGAUUGAUGAAACUGUCAUCGAUGGUCCCAUUGAUAACUUGCGCGGUUUGGAUAUUAUGCGUCGCGUGGCACCCAAAUAUCAGGCAUUGCGUCAAUUUUAUGCCGAGAUAUCGGAGGGAUUCAAGGCCGAGAAACCGAUUUUGAGCUAUGGUGAGUGCUUGGGUUGGGUACUGUAGAUGUAGAUCGUUACCGUAACCCUACAGUAGGUAGAUAGGAUUUCUACAGUACCUCUAGGUUGAAGGGACACGCUCAAAAAUCCGAAAAAUUGUACGUUUCAAAAUUUUUUGAUAUUUUGAAUGUUAGAAUUUUCGGAGAUAUCAAUAUGAACAAUUCCAUAUUUUUCUUCAAAUUUCAGUCAAAGCCUUAGAGUACUGUAGGUUGCAUAUAAGAGAUUACUGUAUGUCCUGUAUCAGAUUACGGUAUUAGCAAUAUAGAAUAUACCGCGCAGCGAGUGUUUGUCCCUUUAAGCUUCCUACUGUAACUUAGGGGUGGUCUGUAUUUAGAAGUAGAUACAGUUCUUCCGAGCACAUGUUUCUGUCCCUUUAAAGGUCAGGCAGGGAGUACAGUAUCCCCCGCCACCAAGACACAUUCUAUCCUUCUUAAUUUCUAGAACUUCUCGAACGGUGUGGAAUGGCUACUCAAGAAGUCGACCUCUGUCAAUCAGCCGCCCAACUUCAAACUCUUUUCAAUCAACGUUGGCAAUGUGCCAACAGAUGUCUCGAAUUAGUUACGAAAAGAAGCGCAGAAUCACACGAAAAAUACGCAAAUGUAGUAAUUUGCGCGGAAGGUGUUGCGUACGCUGCCGCGCAAUUAUUGGUCGCCGGUCAAUCCGCAACAAUUCCAAUCGAUAAUAUAUUUUCAACAACAAAAGCGUCAAAAGAAUCAAUUUUCGAGAAAAUCCAAAGUAAAUACGGCAAAAAAUGCAGUUUUGUUUCGGUCACAAGUUCGGCUGAAACAUCAGGAAUCGCGAAAAAACUGGCAAUUCCAGUUUGGCCUGUUGGAGCAAGUGAUGAUUUAGAGAAACUGUAUACUGCACAGAGAAAUUAUUUGCUUGGAUAA